AUGUCACGCAAGCAGUACUCCAUGACAGCAGACCGCCGAGUGUUACCAUACGUACCAGAACUAGGCACUGGCCUGAACCUCGUGGGUGCCGGCGGCAGAGUGUUCGACCGGACCGGCCACCUCACUGCCGUCGGCUCGGGGCGUCGGACUCGUCCGCCUGACUCUGAUCAACCAGAGCUUGGCCAUCAUGGCCCCUCCGACGGCUACACAGUCUAUGCCUCCUCCAUCGCGCCCGUCUUCGCCUGA